UACAUUUUUAAGCUGAUGUGCCUUGUGAUAGCUGUAUUUUCCAAAUAAAAUGUCGGCAGAGAACGAGGAAGACGUGAAGCUGUUUCAAACAAUUGGUCUGAGUGAGCAAAAGGCCAAGGAAACUUUAAAAAAUGCUAACAUCACGAAGAAUCUCAAGCUGGCUAUAAACGAGGCAGCUAAACAUGGAGCUAUUACUCAAGAUACUGGCGUAUUGCUGUACCAUCUAGCUUCCAAAACUAAAAAUCAGAUCAUAGAUAAGAUACCAUUUAUUACUAAUUAUAUAGUCGAGAAGAAAUUAGAUAGUGUACAGAGGAUUGAUGCUGCAAUGGCUCAUCUAUUGGCUAAUGUGGGUAAUGCUGUUGAUAUAGCUAAGUUUGAAGAAUUUUGUGGUAUAGGAAUAGUAGUUUUACCUGAACAAAUAGAAGAAGAAGUCGAGAAAAUUAUAAAAGCACACAAAAAUGCAAUAUUGGAAAAGAGAUACCGCUUUAAUUCUGGGCCAUUGAUGCAGCAAGUACGUAAUAUUUUGAAAUGGGCAGAUGGUAAAGCGAUAAAGAAUGAAUUUGAUGUCCAAUUUCUUGAUCUAUUGGGUCCAAAAGUUGAUGCUGAUCUUGCACCAAUACCUAAACAAGUAAAACCAAAGGACAAACAGACGAAAGCGAAAAAGCUGGAAGAUGCAAAGGAAGAACAGGAGUUACUGAAUAGUGAGAAGGGAGGCGCCCAAACUAUAAACGAACUCGUGAAGACUAAAACUCAAUUUCAUAAACCUGGAGAAAAUUAUAAAACCGAUGGAUAUAUUGUAACACCAAAUACACAUUAUUUGCUGCAAAAACAUUUGAAAGCAACUAGUGGCAAAGUGAUAACAAGAUUCCCACCAGAACCCAAUGGAAUUUUGCAUAUUGGACACGCAAAAGCUAUCAAUAUCAAUUUCGGAUAUGCUGCUGCUUAUGGGGGCAUAUGCUAUUUACGAUACGAUGAUACAAAUCCUGAAAAAGAAGAGGAGAAAUUUUUUGUCGGUAUACGGGAGAUGGUGGAAUGGCUCGGUUAUAAACCAGCUGCGAUUACACAUUCAUCGGAUUACUUCCAGCAACUGUAUGACUGGGCCAUAGAACUUAUAAAGAAAGACUUAGCUUACGUUUGUCAUCAAUCCAGUGAAGAAAUGAAAGGUUUCAAUCCUCCACCGAGUCCUUGGCGUGAUAGACCAGUCGAGGAGAACUUACAAUUAUUCAAUGAUAUGAAGGAUGGUUUGUUGGAAGAAGGAGAAGCGACCUUACGCAUGAAAGUGACUUUAGAGGAAGGUAAACAAGAUCCUGUGGCAUAUAGAAUAAAAUAUUCGCCGCAUCAUCGAACUGGUGACAAAUGGUGUAUCUAUCCCACAUACGAUUACACCCAUUGCUUGUGCGAUAGCAUUGAAAAUAUCACUCAUUCUCUCUGUACAAAAGAAUUUCAAUCGCGGAGAUCGUCUUAUUAUUGGCUUUGCAAUUCCUUGAACAUUUAUUGUCCUGUACAAUGGGAAUAUGGCCGAUUGAACGUCAAUUAUACUGUAGUUUCCAAAAGAAAAAUUGCCAAAUUAAUACAAGAAGGAAUAGUGUCUGAUUGGGAUGAUCCCAGAUUGUUUACAUUGUCUGCUCUACGUAGACGUGGAUUUCCACCCGAAGCUAUAAACAAUUUUUGCGCUCAAAUGGGUUUAACUGGUGCACAAGCAACCGUUGAUCCUGCAGCAUUGGAAGCAGCUGUUAGGGAUGUUCUAAAUCUUACUACUCCCCGACAUAUGGUAGUUCUAGAGCCUAUCAAAUUGACUAUAAAAAAUUUUCCUCAAGAGAAAGCCAUAAAGCUCACUGCACCCGAUUUUCCUAACGAGCCAGAGAGGGGACAUCAUGAAAUUACAUUUGAUGAAAUUGUAUAUAUUGAAGCUACCGACUUCAAAGAAAUUGAAGAGAAAGGUUUUAGGCGCUUGACACCAAAGCAAUCUGUAGGCUUAAAGCAUACAGGUACCAUAGUAACGUUUGAAAGUAUCGAGAAGGAUGCCAGUGGUAAUAUUACGAAUAUAAUUGUUAGACAAGAUCCUGUCUCAGAAAAGAAUAAACCGAAAGCAUUUAUACAUUGGGUGUCCUACCCAGUAUUGGCAUCUGUUAGAUUAUACGAGCGUUUGUUUAAGCACAAAAAUCCGGAAGAUGUACAUGAGGUACCGCAUGGAUUUUUGAGUGAUAUUAAUCCAUUCAGCAAAAAAGAAAUUGUAGCGUACAUGGACAACAGUUUAGCUAAAACAGCAAAAGUGUAUGAUAAAUUUCAAUUUGAACGUAUAGGCUUUUUCUCUGUUGAUCCUGAUACUAAACCUAAUAAGCUUGUUUUUAAUCGUAUUGUAACAUUAAAAGAAGAUACAAGAAAGAUGUAAAUAUAUAUUGCAAUACAAUCAUCAAAAUACUGUACUACUAUUUUUACUACUGUUAAGACCUGAAUAUAGACUUUUGUAAAAGCAUAAAGUGUAAGAAAAUCAACCAAUCGGAAUCUUUUAUUUUAUCAUGGAAAGGAAAUGAAGGACGGAAAUGAAGGACUUUGAUUGGUUCAUUUUCUUAUGUAUUAUAUGUUAUACGUUAUAUGCAAAGCUCUGUACUCUGAUACGCUUUUUUCAUGUCGAGAUAAAAUGCAUGCUAUCUGUUUCUGUCUAACGGGAAAGGCGGAUGUGUACAAGAUCUAUGGUUAUAUAUAUAAUAUAUUAUUUUCAAAAAUUUUGUUUUUAAUAUAUCA